AAAACACAGACCCUCACGCUUCCCAGCGGCCGCAUCUUAUCCUUCGGUGUCUUCGGCGCUGGCAGUGAUGAGGAGCCUGGGACCCAAAAUCUCCCGGUCGUCUUCUAUUUCCAUGGCGUACCCAGUUCCCACGACGAGGCCUACAUGAUGCACGAUGCUGCCCUUGAACGAGGCCUCCAGAUUGUCGCCCUUGAUCGUCCUGGCUAUGCUGGCUCCGCGACCCAGCCUGGUCGGCGGUUUCUCGACUGGCCGUCUGACGUUCUAGCGGUUGCCGACCACUUUUCCAUCUCCCGAUUUGCUAUAAUAGGCGUGUCUGGAGGCGGACCAUAUGCUCUGGCAUGCUUGCAGUCCCUUCCGAAAGACCGGCUCACUGGUGUUGCCCUCUGCUCCAGCGUCUACCCGGUCUCGUUUGGGCUCAAGGGUAUGAAGUUUCUAAACAUCCUUCUGCUUCGCAUCGCUCCUUGGGUUCCCUCCCUUCUUGCCUGGAUCGUGGAUUAUACCCAAUCGUCGGCCGCGCGAGAUGAGGAGCACCCCGAAGUCUUUGUUAGCAAGAUGAUGGAGAUGAUGAAGAGCAUACCUGCCGCAGACCGCGUUGUCUUUUACGACAACAUUGGUGGCUACAGGGACGCCAUCGUGGCUGGCUCCCGCGAGGCGCUAAAGCCAGGUGGCCAGACAUUUGCCCAGGAGUAUGCAUUGCUGGGAAGUGAUUGGGGGUAC